AUGGAGGAUUUUCGCGAUAGGGGAACACCACCACGCGAGCGAACACACCGUCGACGCAGCAGGCCGGAGGUGAGGUCACGCCACAGGAGGCACCGGCGAUCGCACUCACGGCACCGACGCUCCUCAAGGAAACGGUACCGCAGUCCCUCACGGAGAAGCAGUGGCCGAAGCAGUAGCAGUAGUAGCAUCAGCAGUAGUAGCAGUGCUGAUAGCAACAGCAGCAAUCAUAGUCGCUCGCGCUCGAGGCGGUGGCACAGGUCGGGUGGCCUCCGCAAUGGCGGGGCCGCCUCAGCAUUGCUGAGCUCCGAGCCGUUCAGUGUGCAUGCGGACCACGGCGUGCUGCAGCGCCCCACAACGGACUGGGAGUGCGGGGUGUGCAGCAACCUAAAUUCCGUGAAGCGGGAGGACUGCUUUCGGUGCGGGACCCCCUUCUCAGUGGGUGCCAAUGCGAUACCUAGUGAGGAGGUGAAGAUAUUAGGUAUACCGAGAGCGACCACGUUUGAUGAUAUUCAGCGGGCGCUUAAUGCGCGGUUCGAGGAGCACGGCGAAACAUGUCGCAUUGUUGCGUGCAACGUUGACAGCAGCAAGGCUGAAGAUAUGAAAGGGGUGGCGUACGUACUCUUUGAAAGUGUGGCGGAAGCAACAAAGGCACUGACGUUCGCUCGCUCAAUGUUGCCAAUUGGUGAAAGUAUGUGCUCGAUGGAGUUUUCGUCGCAGCGACGCGCAAACAGGAAGCCAUCGGGUGCUGUUAAAGGCAGUGACGCGACGGAUGCGGUCAAGGUGGUGGAAGGUCUUCCCGAUCAUCUGCAGCCGGGUGUAUGGAAACCGGUGGAGUCGUUUGCAUCGGAUGGAGAGGAGAAGGCGUACUUGGAUAUGCUAUCGAAACUCUGGGAUAAACUCUCCAAGGAGCAGAAGGACUACUACGAUGAAGGCGUUCGGCGAGCCCUUGUGGCUCGGCGUCGAAAACAGCAAGAACAACAGCAGCAACAAACACAAGAACAACAACAACAGCAACAACAGCGGGGGGGCUCCGCUGCGAAGGAAGCCGCCCCCAGCUCAGUGACAACCACAGCGACGCCCUCAAACGCCGUGUCUCCCCGUGACAGCAUAAUGAAGCGCCUCGCCGAAAAGAAGCAGCAGCAGGCUAUGCAAAGCGCUUCUGUGGCCCCAGCUGCCGUCGAGCACGCGACGCCGGCCGCCUCGCUGAAGGAGCGGCUGGCGAUGAAGAAGGCGCAGCUCUCUUCGCUGUCAACUGUGAAGCCUCCACCCGCUGCUGAGACGGAGGGGGCCAGUGCAGUGACCUCGUCUGCCACCGCACGGGCGCCGCAGAAGGACGCCACACCGGCGCUGAUGCAUCUGUUUCACGGUUUUCCUAUUCCCUCGCGAUUCCCCACUAAGACGGAUUACUUGACGAACUCGAAGUCGCCGUCAUUCCGCGCUGGUGUAAUCUUCCGCUACGUGCCGCCUGCCAUGGCGGAGCGCAUUGUGCCGCCAUCGGCCCGGCCUCCGCCGGCUUGA